GUGAUUUCAGUAGGUGGACUGGGAACAUGACCAUUGAUGAACACAAUGAAUUUCCUUGUUUUCAACCAAGUCUUGACAUUUUUUACGGGGAUUUCUUGGUAUGAUGCCUGCCUCUAAGAGUGUAUUAAGAUGGCUUCCUACCACUGGUUAACUCCCAGCCGUCUUCUAAUCUUCAUUCUUGCCUUCUCGAUCAUUAGCUUCAUCCUUUUCUCACUGAGUGACGACUGCACUUGUGCAACCAUCGAUACAUUGGUACGAAAAGUCAGACAGUUACAGGAAGAGAUAAGAACAAAAGAUGAUAUUCUCUCAAGUCAGAAAUCUUCGUCAUCACGAAGAGACAAAAUGGAGGCAAGAGAAAAGGAAGAGCAAGGAUGGGAUCCACACGUUCUUUGCAUCCUGAUUCCAUUCAGAAAUCGUUUUGAAGAGUUAAUGGAAUUCAUUCCUUUUAUGGACAAAUUUUUAUCUCAUCAGAUGGUCAAGCAUAAAUUUUAUGUCAUCAAUCAAAUAGACACUCACAGAUUUAACAGAGCUUCACUACUCAACGCCGGGUUUAAGGAGCUGAGUGAAGAUUGCAGUUACAUAGCAUUACAUGAUGUGGACUUACUCCCUCGUAAUCCUGCCAUUUCUUACCACUAUGACAAUGUGCUCAAUGGACCUCAUCACGUCUCCUCACCAGAACUUCAUCCCAAGUAUGAUUAUAGCAAGUUUAUUGGAGGGAUAAUGCUGAUGACGUGUGAACAGUUUCAGAAGUUAAAUGGUUUAUCAAAUCGAUUUUGGGGCUGGGGUAGAGAGGACGAUGAGCUUUAUAUGAGGAUACAAGAAGCAAACAUGAAGAUUUCUAGGCCUGAGGAGAUUUCUACAGGCAGGAAAACGUUUUAUCACAUUCACGAUAAGAAGAAACGGAAGAGGGAUGUGAAGAGAUUAGGAAACCAGCAUAAAGAAUCCUUUAAGCGGGAUCCAGAGACAGGGUUAGACAAUGUCCAGUAUAGUGUCCGUAGUACACAAGAAUUAUCCGUCAAUGGAGCUGAAGGAAUACUGCUUCAUGUCAUGAUAGAAUGCGAUGUUACGAUUACGCCAUGGUGUGAUGACGCCUAAACACAAAACACUGUCCUGCCAGUCUGUGAACAUUUUUGACUCAAUUUGUCAUUGUAGUUGCAAGAGCAUAAUAAAGGAAAAGCACCCUCGUUACACAAAUUGUGUGCUUUCAGAUGCCUAAUAAAAGGCUUAGACCUAACCAGAAGUCUUUUAUUAUUUGUGAGAUAA